AUGCGCGGCGGGGGGAGGUGGGUGGGGGACAGGGCCAGGGUCGGGAAGACCUUGAACGCGCCUAGUAACAGCGCUGCCAGCAUACUCAUUUAUUUCUGUUUUAGUCAUCCGCGCCUUGGCUUCGAGUUUAAAACGGGCCGUUUUAUGGAGUCGCUGCAGAAACUUCAGGUGCGUUUUGCGAGUCAAGAACGGUUCCCCCAGGGAUCUGAAGUGCACACCAAUCCCCUGGUGGUAAAUGCAGUAAACUACGACCCGUUCGUG